GCACCCCCUUUCCUUCUCUUCUCUCCCUUCUCUCCCUCUUUCCCUUUUCUUUCUUUCUUUCUUUCUUUCUUUCUUUCUCUUUCUCUCUUUCUGUGUGUGUGUGUGUGUGUGUGCUCUAGGGUUUCUCUACAGUCAAUACUCCAUCUCUGUAACCUCAUUACGUGCCAUGGUAGACAUCACUUUCAAAUUCGAAGCGUUUAGCUUCAAUGGGAUUUGCCAGACAGUCGCUCUCAGUCUGUGUCCUCUUAUAGGCAAAUCAAAUGGAAUCGAACCGGUGUGUUACUCCCGCAACGUUGAUUUGGCUGGAAACCUCAUCUUUCAACCCGCUACAUUAAUCAUUGACGUGGUGGCUAUUGUCAUGGCAGCCAUUAUGAUUUAUCACAUCCGGUCAAAAUACACAGCCGUCGGUCGCAAGGAGAUCGUCAUGUUCUUUUAUCUAUACAUGCUCACAGUAUUCCUGGAGAUGCUCCUGAUCACAGGUAUUAUCCCAACCUCCUCUCCUGUCUAUCCCUGGUUUACGGCCGUUCAUUUGGGCAUGAUGAGUGCUACAUUCUGGUGUCUAUUAGUAAACGGAUUCGUAGGCUUCCAGUUUGCAGAAGAUGGUACACCUUUGUCACUUUGGUCUAUCCGUAUCAGUUCAUUUGUCAUCUUUCUUGUCGUCGGUUUCAUUUCCAUCGCAACUUUCCAAAAGAUUGGUCCCUUUACCUAUGAGAACCCUGCGGCCUUGUGGGCAUUCUACUUUAUCAUCAACGGCGUGGCAUUUAUUGUCUAUGUGAUUUCGCAAAUAAUCCUGGUCGUCAACACCUUAGAUGAUCGCUGGCCCCUUGGAGACAUUCUGUUUGGCGCAGCUUUCUUUAUUGUCGGACAGGUUUUGAUGUACAUAUUUUCGGUCUUUAUCUGCGACCAGGUAAAACACUACGUAGACGGCAUGUUCUUUGGUACGAUCUGCUCCUUGCUGGCUGUCAUGAUGGUCUACAAGUACUGGGACUCGAUCACCAAGGAAGAUCUCGAGUUUUCGGUCGGCAGCAAGCAAAACGUGUGGGAAGUUAAAGAGCUCCUGGGUGAGGAUGAGCUAUCACAGUCGUACCAAGGAAAUCAGUACGGUCAGCAGAAUCAGUCCUAUGGCCAACAGUAUCAUCAACAGCAAUAUGAACAUCCUUAUUAAAAAGAGAGAGAGAUAACGAAGUAUAUAUAUAUAUAUAUAACCAACCAACCAAUUUAACUGACUGACUGACUGACUAACUAACUAACUAAUUAAAUAACUAGCUAGCUAGCUAGCUAGCUAAAAAAAAUAACUAAAUAACCAACCAAGCACAAUUCAAGAUACCUCUUUUUUUAUUAUUUCUCUUCUUUAUUGGCUUAUAACUAUAUCUUACACAAAGCAUUAACACAUCUCUUAUCUCUCUAUCUCUUUCUUUUUGUUUCGGUUUUUUUGUUUUGUUUCGCUCCCUUUUCUUCCCCCUUUUUUUUUAUAUAAACAUCAUAUUCAAAACGUGUUGUAGUUCAAUAAAUCAUGGCAUAUUUUAUUGAAAGUAAAUUUAAAUAUACAAACAUAUACAUCCUUG